AUGGCUGCACGUUCUUUGGAUAGAAAACGAAAAGCUGUUGCACCUGAAAAUUCUGGUGAGCAGUCUUUCUCAAAUGAACCUGCUGAUUUUGGUGUGCAAACAACUGGUCAGCUGGUAAGGCGAUCAAGCAUGUUGCGGGCUGCCGCCAAUCAACGUUCUAUACAAUCUCUAACUUCUGUUCAGCCUGAAAUGGAACAGUAUGAGGGUCCAUCAACAUCAUCAUUUGCUUUGCAGUUGCCUGGCCCUUCAUACGUUGAUUUGGGAGAUUGUAUAAACGAAUGUGAAUACUGUGGCGCAUUCUUCUGGUUCGAAGAGCGGCUGAAAUCAUCUCCACUUAAACAAAGACCUAGAUAUAACACGUGUUGCAAAGCAGGCAGUGUACGCAUUCCUUUUCCAGUUGAGCCACCAUCAUGUAUCAAAGAAUUGUAUUCUAGCUCGCAAUUCAUGGUAAACAUACGUGCGUAUAAUUCCAUGUUUUCCAUGACAUCAUUUGGUGCCGACGUUGAUGAUACAAUUAACCAUUCUGCUGGUCCGUAUGUUUUUAAGGUGUCUGGCCAAAUUUCACAUUGGAUUGGCUCUUUAUGCCCUUCAGCGGGUGAGAAACCUAGGUUCCUUCAAAUGUAUGUCUAUGAUACACUGCACGAAGUUGAAAAUAUACUUCGUUUUUUUAAUAGUGAUGAUCAACAUCGAUUGUCCCCAGAUGUUGUCUCACUUCUUACGCGUACAUUAGCCGAAACCAAUGAGUUUGUACGCCUUUUUAAGAGUGCGGCUGACCUUUGCUCGCAACAACAAGUACCUGAGUUUGCGAUUACCCUUUAUAACAGGUCUAAACAAAACAUUUACGGGUUACCCGUUGCGGGUACUCUUGGUGCUAUUGUACGAGACAAUGACCCUUUAGCAAGUGAUUAUGAUAUCGUGGUACAUAGUAAAGAUGGCAGAGCAAAGCGUGUAAGCAAGUUGCAUUCAUCAUAUAUGCCUCUUCAGUACCCGCUUCUUUUCCCUUAUGCGGAACCAGGCUGGUCUCCAGAACUUCAAUUGACUCUAAAUUCUCGGGCUAAAGAUCGAAACCUUACCAUGAAUAUGUUUUACGCUUAUCAGAUCCACGAUCGUAAGGAUACAUACACGUUGUUGUUAAAUGCAGGUCGUCUCUUUCAACAAUAUUUGGUCGACGCAUAUGUGUGCAUAGAGCAAUGUCGGCUUGAAUAUAUUCGUACCAAUCAAAAUAAAUUCCGUUCUGAAUUCUUGCGUGGUAUCCACGAUGCCUUCUCGAAAGGUGAUACCGAGGGCCGUGAGGUUGGAAAAAGAAUAAUCCUACCGUCUUCUUUUACCGGUGGCCCUCGAUAUAUGUAUAAGCAUUAUCAAGAUGCUCUUGCAAUCUGUAGGGUACAUGGUAACCCACAAUAUUUCAUAACUUUUACAUGUAGCGUCAAAUGGCCAGAAAUCAAGCGUUACUUGAAUAGAAUUGGUGGCGCAAACUCACAAGAUAGACCGGACAUUAUUGCUAGAGUGUUUCAAAUGAAGGUUGAAGCUUUACUCAAGUUUUUGAAGACACACGAGACAUUUGGGAAAGUUGCAGCUGAUAUACUCCUAAACUUUGCUCUAUUAUUUAACAUACAUAUUCCUUUUGAUUUAUACACAAUCGAAUUCCAAAAAAGAGGCCUUCCACAUUGUCAUAUGCUGCUUUGGGUUACGCCGGAAUGCAAGAUACAAACUGCAGAGGAUGUUGAUAACUUCAUUAGCGCUGAAAUUCCUAACCCGACAACAGAUCCAGUUUUGUAUCGAAUAGUAACAGAAUCUAUGAUGCAUGGACCUUGCGGUUUGCCAAAAAUGAAUGCUCCCUGCAUGAUAGAUGGUAAAUGUUCUAAGUCAUUCCCAAAAGCCUAUGAACAUGUUACUAGAUUUGACGAGCAAGGUUACAUCCACUACAAAAGAUCGCUGAAUGGCAUUCAAGUAGAUAAAGGCGGGGUACCACUUGACAAUGGAUAUGUCGUUCCUUACAAUAGAAUUUUGUGUUUACGUUUCGAAGCCCACAUUAAUGUUGAAUAUUGUGGAUGGAGUAUGCUUAUCAAGUAUCUUUUCAAGUACAUCUCCAAAGGGGCAGAUCGUGUGCGUUAUGCUGUCACAAGGACCGCUGAAUCUUCAACACAAUCUGACACUAAUGUUGUUGAAAACAUUAAUGAGAUCAAUAAUUUUGUUGAUGGGAGAUUUAUAUGUCCUCACGAGGCAGCAUGGCGAAUACUACAAUUCCCAAUCCACAACAGAAACCCACCAGUACAAUUGUUGGCUGUACACCUCGAGCACAUGCAGAAUGUUACUUUUAAAGACAAUCAAAAACUGCAACAAAUACUAACCAAUCCAGCAACAAGUAAGACAACCUUGACUGAAUGGUUGAGAAAUAAUCAAUUAGACCCUAGCGGUAGAGAUCUGAGAUACAUUGACUAUGUAUCCAGAUACAGGUGGGAACCUUCUGGAAAAGGGUGGAUCCGAAGAUUGUUAACAACAAAUCCAACGAUUGGGCGAUUAGCAUAUAUUCAUCCUACAUGUGGCGAACCUUUCUAUUUGAGAUUGUUGCUUGCCCACCAAACUGGUUGUUGCUCCUUUGAGGAUAUCCGAACAGUUUCCGGUGUCCUUUGUUCGACGUAUCGUCUUGCUUGCGAAAAGUUGGGUUUGAUUGGCAAUGAUAGAGAAUGGGCAUCAGCAUUUAUAGAAGCAUCUAGCUGGGCUACUUCUGUAGAACUUAGGGCCCUGUUUGUUCACAUGCUACUAUAUUGUGAGAUAUCAAAUCCAUUGGCAUUGUGGCAAGAACAUUGGGAACGAAUGAGUGAUGACAUAAUUCUCAAUCUAAGGCAAGUUGCAGGAACAUCAAACGCGCAUUUUUGUGGUCCAAAUUUGCAACAAUACGUACUCUAUGAGAUAGAAAUGCUUCUUAAUUCAAACACAAGCUCCCGCUCCCUCGCGGAGUUUGGGCUUCCCAUGCCUCCUGACACCAUGGUCGCAGCCCUUAGAAACCGAUUGCUUAUGGAAGAAAGGUGUUAUGAUCUUGAGGCACUAGCUGCCCAGAAUAUUAUUAUGUUACGUGGUUUGAAUGAUCGGCAGCGAAAAAUAUAUGACAAGGUUCUUAAAUCUGUCAAUGACAAAGUACAAGUGCUUUUAUUUGUAUAUGGCCAUGGCGGUACAGGUAAAACGUAUUUGUGGACUGCUAUUAUUGCUGCUCUUAGAUCGACUGGAAAGAUUGUUUUGGCAGUAGCGGCAUCUGGAAUUGCAUCACUAUUAUUGCCAUCAGGAAGAACAGCCCAUUCUCGAUUCAAAAUCCCGCUAGAUUUAACUGAUGACUCUCUGUGCAACAUAAAAAAACACACGCAACUUGCGCAACUACUCUUAGAAACAUCCCUUAUAAUUUGGGAUGAAGCACCAAUGAGCGAUCGUCGAUGCUUUGAAUCUUUGGAUAAAAGUCUCAGAGAUGUUCUUGGAAACCAAGAUAAACCAUUUGGCGGAAAAUCUGUUCUAUUAGGAGGAGACUUCAGACAAACACUUCCAGUCAAACCAAAGGCUUCAAAAGCAGAAAUCAUAGCAUCAUCACUACCAAAGUCUUAUUUGUGGGACAAAUUUAGCAUUCACAUGUUGACAGAGAAUAUGCGCUUGUCGCAGUCCAAUGCAACUGUCGCUGAAAAAGAAGCUAUAACAUCCUUCUCCAAUUGGCUAAUUGAUGUUGGGGAUGGUAAGAUAGGUGCAGUUGACGAAGAAUCACCAUCCGACUCAAAAUUCAUUGACAUACCUGCGCAAUAUCUUAUCCAAUCUGGAGAGAACGGGCUGCGAGAGUUAAUAAGGUUCGUCUACGAUGAUAACCUGCUCGAAUUUCCUACAUCAAUUACUUUGUCCGAAAGAGCCAUAGUAUGCCCGAGAAAUGACACUGCUGAUCAGAUAAAUGACAUGAUACUUGCGUCUUCCCCCGGAGAAUGCUCAACGUACUUAAGUCUCGACUCCAUGGUACCUCACUCCCAAAAUGGAGGUGAAACGGAUAUGAUGUACCCUCCUGAAUAUCUUAACUUAUUGAACAUCAAUGGUAUUCCCCCACAUUGCCUAAAACUUAAAGUGAAUGCCCCUUCAUGGCCAACUAUAUGUUGCUCUGUCAAGAGCAACAUCCCCAACGGGUCUCAAAGUCCUUAUAGAACCUCAACAAAAUUGUGA